GAUGUCUUGUCGACCAGUACCGUACCGAUUAAUCAUUACCUAAGGUAACUUUCCCACUCCCAGACUAGUGAGACUACAGUAUCUACUUCGUAUCUACCGGUAUCUAUCAACCAACCAAAGGUACCUCACAUCACCUGCCCCUUACCGCCUGCCGCAGCGUGUCAUUACUCGUCUACCUACCUUACUCAACCUAUCACAGCUUCCUCAUUCUUUCUACCUAACCUCACGUACCUAAUUAGAUGCUAGGUCCAACAAGAAUCUCUGCUGCAGUAUUCUGUGCAAAGUCAUCGCCUCCUUCUAGACUGCGGCCAGCAUUUCGAAUCGAACCUUUUUCUUCAUUCCGCCAGCACGUGUUCUUUACUACUUCGGUACGCACCAUGGCUCCUCCACAGUCGGCACACGAGUUCUUGGACUUUGUCAACGCCUCCCCCACACCUUACCAUGCCGUCGCCAGCUCGGCCGCCCUGCUCGAAAAGGCCGGCUUUGAGCUGAUCAAGGAGCGUGACAACUGGUCCCACUCCCUGCGUCCCGGCGGCAAGUACUACCUCACCCGCAACGGCUCCAGCAUCAUCGCUUUCGCCAUAGGCGCCAAGUGGCGCCCGGGGAACCCCUUUGCCAUGGUCGGAGCCCACACCGACUCGCCCACUCUCCGCAUCAAGCCCGUCAGCCGCAAGACAAACUCGGGCUUCUUGCAGGUCGGCGUCGAGACGUACGGCGGCGGGCUCUGGCACACCUGGUUCGACCGCGACCUGAGCAUCGCCGGCCGUGCCCUCGUCCGCGACGGCGAGGGCCGCUUCGCCCAGCGCCUCGUCAAGGUCGACAGGCCCAUCCUCCGCAUCCCCACCCUGGCCAUCCACCUCAACCGUGCCUCCGAGUUCAACCCGAACAAGGAGACGGAGCUCUUCCCCAUCGCCGGCCUCGUCGCUGCCGAGCUGAACCGCACCGGCGCUGCAGCUGCCAGCAGCAAGGACGACGGAUCCGCCGAUGCCGCCAAGGACGGCGACUACCAGCCUCUCAAGGCCAUGACGGAGCGCCACCACCCGUACAUUGUCGACAUCGUGGCGGAGAAUGUCGGCGUGUCCGUCGACGACGUCGUCGACUUUGAGCUCGUCCUGUACGACACGCAAAGGUCCUGCCUCGGCGGCCUCAACGACGAGUUCAUCUACUCUGCCCGCCUCGACAACCUCAACAUGACCUUCUGCAGCGUCAUGGGCCUUAUCGAGUCGGUAAAGUCUCAGGACAGCCUCGACACAGACUCGUGUAUCCGCCUCAUAUCGUGCUUCGAUCACGAGGAGAUCGGAUCCACCUCGAGCCAGGGUGCCGACUCGAACCUCCUCCCAGCCGUCAUCCGCCGCCUCUGCGCCGUGCCAGCCUCACGCUUCGCCGACGACGCCUCGAGCGACAAGUCGUAUCACAAGGUUGAGGGCGACGAUGACUCGGCCACGUCCACGGCCUUUGAGCAAUCGCUCGCCACGUCGUUCCUCAUCUCGGCCGACAUGGCCCACUCGGUUCACCCCAACUACGCCGCAAAAUACGAGAGCAACCACUCGCCCGAGAUGAACAAGGGCACCGUCAUCAAGGUCAACGCUAACCAGAGGUACGCCACCAACUCGCCUGGCAUCGUCCUGCUGCAGGAGUCGGCCAAGAUCGCCGCCGUCCCGCUGCAGCUCUUCGUCGUGAGGAACGACUCCUCGUGCGGCAGUACCAUCGGUCCUAUGCUCUCGGCCAAGACGGGCAUCCGUACCCUCGACCUGGGCAACCCACAGCUGAGCAUGCAUAGCAUCCGCGAGACGGGAGGUUCCUACGACGUGGAGCACUCGAUCCGUCUGUUUGAGGCCUUCAUGAGCAACUACUCCAAGCUCGAGCCCAAGAUACUCGUAGAUUAGACUUGUACUGUCCCUUCUCGAGGCAAACCUCGAGACGGAUAGUGUUGUGUGGCUAGGUCUGUAGGUAUUUGACCGCUAAACAAAGCACGAUUGCAGAUAAGCAAGUUCUAUAUAUGUUCAUCGUGAAUUCAAGCUGAUGACUAGGCUGUUUACUGCGAAGCAAAUAACUCAAAUUACUCGGUGCAUGUAUUGAUAUUGUUUUUUUUUGAUCGAGGCAAAUCAACGUCGACGUCUCUCAAGGCGUAAAAAACUUGGCAACUACAUCUCCUGGACACGUCUAUUGAUGUGAUAUAUAAUACGUUAGGCCAAAAGGUGGCACAAUCUUUUGUUUCUUUUAUCUUUCCUAACUCGCCAGUCAGAAGCGCUGCUUGGAAUAUGUUCAAAGAAGAAGAGGAAAAAAGGUCAAAAGUCAAGUGGGGAUAUUCCGCCUCCGCAGCCUACACAUCCGUCCUCAUUAUCAUUGAAAUACCUGAUAUCUACCCACCCGAUCUGCCAUACGGAAAUUCCUACCUCCGGUUCUUGAUUAGGUUUUGUAGGUAGUUUCCAAACGUCUUUUUAUCGGUCGAAGUGGUCAUGCAUCGAAGGAAUUCGGUCCCGUCGAUACCUAGCGCAGGAAAUAGCGAGGACUGAAGAUGGCUAAUAAAGGAAUUGCCCGUUUUCACGUAAAUGGCCUGCUCCAAUGCUGCUAUUUCGUUCAGCACCUGUUUGGACUGGGCGUCCUUGCUCGGGUUGAACUGCGGGUCUUGCAGCACCUCGAAGCAGACAGGGUGGAAGCGUUCAAUCAUAAACUGGUCGAAAC